AUGGAACAGCCUACAGGUGCCAGCCCUCCACAGGAGGCGGCGCCCGAGCUGCCGCAGGCGAACAAGGGUUGCAAGCGGGUCGCAACGCAGAAGCCGCCGCGGAGGAAGAAAGGGAAACCUGAAACAGCAGUUGCGGACUCCACAAACAGUGAAGAGCCAACUCCUCGUGAAGUCGUUCUGGCAUACAUGCGUCAGCAGAACAGACCCUACAACCUUCAGUUGGUCUUCAUGUACGCCCAAGACCAGUUUGGUGCUUCUGCCGCUGAAAACGGAGACAUUGCUGCAGAAAUCCAACAGUUUGUUAAGAAGCAAACUGCACUGCAGCAACGCAUGCAAGAAAUCCGCAACCGGGAAGACCUGCUGGGGAGCCUCACCGCGAAAGUUGCUGCAGCGGAGGCUGAGAGGGACGCAAAACAGAAGAAGCGAAGCGGAAGGAAUGCCGCAGCAGCAACAGUGACAGCAGCAGAAGCAUCUGCUGCUGAGCACCUGCACGCCAGACUCCACAACGCAUGGGCUGUGCAGAAACGGCGUUGUCUUCAACUCGUGAGGCUCCUUUCGGAGAGAGCGCAGGCAGAUCCGAAGCAGCUGCAAGAAGAACUUGGCCUGGAAAGAGACGAAGACUUCAUUCCCCCAGAGGCCUAUUCAAAAUACAAUUAA